AUGUCCAUUUCCUUCACUAAUAUGGCACCCAGCACUGCUUAUGAUGCCUUCCACUCUGAUGCUGAGGAUGGAGGUCCUGAAGAUUUCAACCUUGAUGAAGGGACAGACAAUACUGACUUGGAAGACCUGGACAGCAACACUGAACAGCACAGGCAACUUACUCAUGUUCCUGGACCUCAAGCUGAUGUUGCUGAGCUUGUUGUGCAACAAGCAUACACCAAAUGCUGCAAGGAACUGCACCAGACAAGGAAGGCUCUCUUCAAAGCCAAUAGCCAGCAUUCCAAGCAGUCCAGGAACACAUCUAGCAAGUCAAACAGCCUCACAACUCGUAUUGAGCAAGAAGCAAAGAAAUACCUCCUACUGUAUCAUUUUUUCAUCAUUCAAAGCCUUUUCCCAGCAGUUCUGAAUCCCAAUACUGAUCAACAUGAUCCAGCACAGUGGAAAUCACAGGAUGGGAAGCUCAAGGGCACUCUGACUGAGCUUUACAAGAUGAUUCCUGUGGAUUUACAUGAGUCGAUGGUAACCUACAAGCAAUUUGGCUCCAUGUUCAUACAAGCACACAGUCAGGAGAGAUCCAAUGUCCUCAAAGUCAUCAAGGACUGUGCUGGCACAUUAUUUGCUCCAUAUAACAUUUUACUGGAUCUCUUUACUGGAAAGCCUGCUUGUAAGAAGGACAACAAGGCAUGCCUGGCACUCUUGAAGAAGGAUGGAGUCAGAGAAUACACCUGUUUUGCACCCAUUCUUUUUGCAGAUCCUAAGCAGAUGGUUACUGGAGGCUUCUUGAAGAGUCCUGUCCUAGUUAAGGUAAGCAUGCACAGUUCAAUGCUGCUCUUAUUUGAAAAUUGA